UGGUCUAUUAUGCUGUCCUUCCGGGCCAAACAUGGCUGAUUCCGAACUUGCUGGCUCCUGCCUUUUGGUAUAUGUGAGGUUGUAUUUAAUACUAAUUUGAAAAUAAAAUCCUGCCAUAUAUACGGAAAGACGACGACUGAAGUUGAAAAGCCUGCAUCGUUUGUCAUUGGUCGGAGUCAUUUCUCCCUGGACAGACCCAACCGUUAUGGCUACCACGGCACAGCUUUUCGAGGAGCCUUUUGAUGCAGAUGAAUAUAUUGAAAGACUUGCUUGGAGGACUCCAGGAGGAGGCUCAAAAGGAGGUGCGGAGGCAUUUGACCCAAAAAGGCUACUUGAAGAAUUUAAAAACCAUAUAGAAGAGCUAAAGCUUCUGGAUGAGAGAAUUCAGAGGAGAGUAGAAAAGCUAGAACAGCAGUGCCAAAAAGAAGCGAAGGAGUUUGCCCGAAAAGUACAGGAUUUACAAAAAAGCAACCAGGUGGCUUUUCAGCAUUUUCAAGAGCUUGAUGAUCACAUAAGUUAUGUGGCUACAAAGGUGUGCCACCUAGGGGACCAGCUGGAGGGAGUGAACACGCCAAGACAGCGGGCUGUGGAAGCUCAGCGGCUCAUGACAUAUUUCAAUGAGUUCUUGGAUGGUGAGCUACGCAGUGAUGUUUUUAACAACCCAGAUAAGAUCAAGGAAGCAGCAGAUAUAAUACAGAAGCUGCAUCUGAUUGCACAGGAGUUACCCUUUGACAGGUUUGCAGAUGUAAAGGCAAAAAUUGCAAGUAAAUACCAUGACCUGGAACGGCAGCUGAUUCAAGAAUUCACCGCUGCUCAGCGUCGUGGUGAAAUUGCUCGCAUGCGAGAGGUGGCAGCAGUUUUGUUACACUUCAAGGGCUAUGCUCACUGUGUGGAUGUGUACAUAAAACAGUGCCAAGAGGGUGCAUAUUUCCGUGAUGACAUUUUUGAAGACACUGCUUUGUUGUGUCAGCGUGUCAACAAGCAGGUUGGAGAAGUUUUCUCUAGUCCAGAAACCAUAAUGGCCAAACUUAUCCAAAACAUCUUUGAAAAUAAAUUGCAGAAUUUUGUAAGAGACAAGCUGGAAGAAAGUCGUAAAACUGAUGCCGAACAGUACCUUAAAGAUCUCUAUGACUUAUAUACAAGGAUGACUGCUCUGGCAGGUAAACUGACAGAAUUUAACCUGGGCACAGACAAACAAACCUUCUUAUCGAAACUGAUUAAGAACAUCUUUUCCUCUUAUUUGGAAAACUACAUUGACACAGAGCGAGAGUACCUGAAGAGUCGCAGUACAAUGAUUCUACAACGAUAUUAUGAGUCAAAGCAUCAUCAAAAACGUACUUUGGGAGCUGGAGGUAUUCAGGAUCUAAAGGAACGCAUUCGACAGCGCACCAACUUGCCAUUGGGCCCUAGCAUUGAUACUCAUGGGGAAACCUUUCUGUCUCAAGAGGUUGUUGUGAACCUGCUUCAAGAGACCAAACAUGCCUUUGAACGCUGUCAUCGAUUGUCUGACCCUCCUGACCUCCCAAAGAAUGCCUUCUCCAUCUUUCUUUUGCUGGUAGACUACCUAUGUGUUGAUCACAUUGACUAUGCCCUGGAAAUUGGAUUGGCAGCUAUUCCCUCUCCUGACUCUAAGAAUGCAAACCUGUACUUCCUGGAUGUAGUACAACAAGCUAACACUAUCUUCCAUCUUUUUGAUAAGCAGUUUAAUGAUCAUCUCAUGCCGUUGAUCAGCUCUUCUCCAAAACUCACAGAGUGUUUGCACAAGAAAAAGGAGGUCAUUGAGCAGAUGGAAGUCAAGUUGGACACAGGAAUUGACAGGACCUUGAACUGCAUGGUAGGACAGAUGAAGCAUAUACUUGCUACUGAGCAGAAAAAGACUGACUUCAAACCAGAGGACGAGAAUAAUGUAAUGAUCCAGUAUACUAAUGCCUGUGCCAAGGUAUGCGCCUAUGUAAACAAACAGGUGGAACGGGUCCGUAAUUCAAUGGAUGGGAAGAAUAUAGACACAGUGCUCACUGAACUUGGAGUGCGCUUCCACCGACUGAUCCAUGAACACCUCCAGCAGUUUACAUACAGCUCCAUGGGUGGCAUGCUGGCCAUCUGUGAUGUUGCAGAAUACCGCCGCUGUGCCAAGGAGUUUAAGGUGCCACUAGUGUUGCAGCUGUUUGACACCCUCCAUGCGUUGUGUAAUCUGCUAGUUGUUGCCCCUGACAACUUGAAACAGGUCUGUUCUGGAGACCAGCUUACCAAUUUGGAUCGAAACUUACUCCAUGGCUUUGUGCAGCUGAGGGCAGACUACAGAUCGGCAAGACUGGGCAGGCACUUCAGCUAACAAAACAGACAGCAACUGCUAAAUAUUGGCAAUUACUGUGAUCAGUGCAUUAACUGGAUAUCUAGGCUAUUAGCCAUCCAAAGGUGUGGAGUUGACUCCUUACUUUUAGGUAUCUUUCAGCUGUUAAGAUGUCCAGCCAGUAAAAAGUGAAACUUGGCAAAACACUAAGUGGCUUUCAGCUUAUGCUUGGAUGAGACAGUUCAGCACAAUUCCAGCUUUGCAGUAUACAUUAAAAGCAAACAGACUAUUUGUUAUCCAAAACAUUUAGCCAAUCAUUUGUAAGUAUGUUUUUGAAGAUUUGUCUCCUUUCAUAUCCCAAUUUAAAUCUACUUUCUAAAUUCUUACCAAA